AUGGGUCCAGGGACUAUUGGAGUUUUACAAGAUUGCAUAUAUGCAAGCUGGUUAUUUAGAAAUGAAAAUACAAAUAUUAAUUUGGAAUUUAUUACAGAACCUGAAGCUGUCGCGUUGUAUUGUAUGGAUAAAUUGGGUGAACAUUUGUUGAGAGAAGGAUCUACAUUUACGAUAUUGGAUUGUGGUGAUGGCACAGUUGAUUUAACAACCCGAAAAUUAUUGACUCCAAUGAGUGAUUUUAAAGAAAAUCAUUAUCAUGAGUAUCAAUAUUUAAUUCAUCAUUUCUUUUGUCCAGGAAUAAAAUUUGGAUUUGAUGGUGAUAGUUUUGAAGCAACAGACUUGGACAUUGGAAAAUUUUGUCCAGCACUUAAGGAAUAUAUAACUAAAGAUAUUAGUGAUAAAAUGGGAGAAGAGUAUUUUAAAUUGCUUCUUAAAUAUGAGAAACAUGAGAAACAUGUUAAGUAUAAAUAUGAUAAAUGUGAUAAAUAUGAUGAUUCAAAUGUAUUAGAUAAAAUACACAUACCUGAUGUAUUAGAUUAUCGUAAAGCAAUUACUGACUAUCUGAAAGAGUUGAAACCAGUUAAUAGUUUUAAAGCUCUUUCAAAACGUUGGCCCACCUUAAAAUUUCCUAGUCAAGUUAGAUUAGUCUUUACUGUUCCAGCUGAAUGGAGUCCAGGAACUAUUGGAGUAUUACAAGAGUGUAUAUAUCAAGCUGCUGAAGCAGCUGCAUUGUAUUGUGUGGAUAAAUCAGAAGAAAAUUCAUUGAAAGAAGGAUCUGUAUUUAUGGUAGUAGAUUGUGGAGGUGGAACAGUUGAUUUAACAACUCGAAAAUUAUUGAUCAGUGGUACCUUAUCAGAAAUGUGUGAACAAACAGGAGAUUUCUGCGGAUCAACUUAUGUUGAUGAUGAAUUUAUUGCUUUCUUAAAAAUAAACUUGGAUUUAUUUGGGUUUGAUGGUGAUAGUUUUGAAUCAACAGAUUUAGAGAUUGGAAUAUUUUCUCCAUAUGUAACUGAUGAUGAGCUUAGGAAAGAAAUGGAAGAAGAGGACUGGUUAUUAGAGAUUACUUAUAAAGAUGUUCUUGCAAUGUUUGAUCCAGUAGUAAACAAAAUUAUUCGUUUAAUUCGUAACCAAUUAGAAGAUUCAAAAGAAAAAUGCUCUGCUAUGUAUUUGACUGGAGGUUUCUCAGAAUCACCAUAUCUUAUCUCAAAAAUAAGGAAAACAUUUCUUCUUAAAGUACCAACUAUUAUUGUACCUCAAAAUCCAAUAACUGCUGUUGUACGUGGAGGAGUUAUUUAUGGUUUAGACAAAAAGGCUAUUGUGACACAAAGAAAAACAAAAGAUGGUCGUAUAUACAAAUUUCAUUGUUUAGCAAAAUGUGGAAUAGAAUAUACACCAAAUCAAGAAUUUUCUGGGGCAUAUUAUCCUGUUUACCCUGACCAAAAAGGUAUAAAUUUCAAGGUAUAUUGUACACCAAAAAAUGAUCAAGAAUUUUGUAAUGAAUCUGGUAUGGAAUUGAUUGGAGAGUUGUAUAUUGAAUUACCUGAUGUUCAAUUAAAACUUGAUAGAUCUGUAGAGUUUUCUUUAAUGUUUGGUGAACUACUUAUUAAUGCAUCUGCAUGGAGUAAAAAAUCAGGAAAAGCUUGUAAAACUACAUUUCAUUAUGCCAAACGUGAUGUUUGUGAAGCAUCAUUUUUAAGAAAUCUCUAA